AUGUUUGAAGUUAAUCUCACCGUCGGAGAAGUUGCGGGUCUUAUCUCUGGGUGCAUCUCACUUCUCCACAUAUUGAUUCCCCUACUCUUUGCGUUUGUUUUGGUCGGCAUCGUCCGCGACCGCUCCUUCGACGCCGUCACAUGGUCCUCGAUCAGCCAUCUCCUCCAGAGUUCGUGGUGGCCGUUGCUGCUGCAGAGCGAUGGCGCCGCGGGUAACUUUACGGGCAAAAUGGUCCGCUGGCGCGUCUUUGGCAUCUCCCUAACCGUGACUCUGGCGACCGUGUGUCUUGUCGUCGCAAACUUUCUCACCCCGAAGCCGCUCUUGGAGAAGAUUAAUCCGUCUCGUGGACUGCAUGACGUCGAGUUCUUUUACGUCCCAGACCCCUCGUACUACGGCAUGGCGACCCUGGACCGACAGGGCGUCAAUAGACGGUGCGGCUGGCAGAAAUGGAUGGACUGCCCGCACUCCAUCUACGACGACCCGGCGGUCAGGAACCAAUACCCGAACCACACGGUGAUCAACUCGACGAUUCCCGACGUGACGCGAGAUCUCUUUACCAGCGGGACCAAGAUCGGCACAGUCGCCAACCUUCUCGACAUCGAGUUCCGCGCCUACAACCUCGUCAACAACUGGUACGUGGACAACAACGCCAGCCGGGCGGUGGGACGUCUCGAGGUGCUCCCAUCCAUGAUCCUCAACGAGGGCUAUCACCUGGUGAACGGGCUGAUCAUCGACGCGUUCAGUGGCGGCGUCGGCAUCCGCAACCACACCGUGCCCGGCGGGCUCGAGCUCGGAGCCACCUGGACGGAGGACAUUCUCUGGAUCGUCCCGGAGACGCGGUGCACCAACACGAACCUGAGCCUGCACUUCUCCGUCAACGCCAACGCCUCCAACUCCAUGUCCGGCGACGACGGCUUUUUACGGGAUGACGGCGGCUUCGCCGACAUUCCCGCCUCGAUCCCCUCGCCGCGCUGGAACGACGCCGACGACAAGUGGAAGGACGUCGGGCCCACGCCGCAGCUGAAGCGCAGCGCCGACAUCCUCGCCUGGUGGAACAACCAGUUCGUCGCGCAGGUGCUCAACAUCUCCACCUCCGAACGCGGGGACGUGUACGCGGGCCAAUUCAACACGUUUGGCUACCUCAGCGAGCCCGGCGCCAUCAAGAUCAGUAGCGUGGACGGCAUGUUCCUCGACGAUAUCUAUUACAAGAGGCAGGCGACGCUGGAGUCCAAGUUUAAAGAUUACGGAACCCGCUGCAGCGGCUACUACGACGACGACCCCAGCGUCCCCGCCAAAGCCUUCAUGCAGUGCGGCUACCUGUACAGCAUCCCGCAGCCAGAGAACGUCCUCGGGACCGGGCAAUCCUGGCGCCCGGACCCGGGCUCCCCCUGGACGCAGAACCUGUACACGUGCGCCAGCGCCGUGGCCGCGACGGUCAAGGAGGUGACGUUCCGCGCGAACGGGAGCGUCGCACUCGACGCGUUGCAGGUCGUCGGGGUGCGGGACAAGAAUUAUACAGAUUCCAAGAGUUUACCGCGGUGGGGAAUCGAGAAGGUCGACCCGGCCGCGUACAAGGUCUGGGACGUGUACAGGUUCUGGGGCCUCGUGGAUGAAUCACACCAGGGGAACGAGGACGUCGACGUCCACCGCGCGGCAAAAAUCUAUCUCCCCGCGGCGGUGCGCGGCACGACCCUAGGGAACCACAUGUACGACUCGUUCGCGGCGGGGGGGGUCUUCACCGCCGCGUGGAACAGCAUCUACUCGUACGCGGCGGCGUUGGGUGAUGUGAAUGAGAAUUCUAUUCCAAACUACAGCGGCAAAUCCAACUACGGGCUGACGCUCAAAUGGCGCCAGCUCAUGUCCCAGUCGACCGGUGGCGCCGAGACGCUGAUGAAUCUGAUUUGGACGGACCUGAUCGGCUUCGCCAUCGUGGGCACGCGGACGGGGUUUGAAGGGAUGGGGUCCAUGGCGUCGGUGACGGAGCACAACGCCGACGAUUUCGCCAACGCGGUCGGACUGCGCCAGGCGCACCGGUACGAGCGGUCCAUCGCGUACGAGGACCUGCGGUACGCGAUCCCGGCGUUCGUGGUCGGCGCCGUCUUCGUCGUCACCCUGCUCGCGUCGCUGCUCAUCUGCUGCGUCCAGCCCCGCGUCUGGGCCGCCCUCAACCACUACACCAAGCAGACCAGCAUGGGUAGGGCCGUCACGCAGGUCAUGCUGCGCGGUGGACCGAACGAGAUCGCCCCCACGGCGAGCACGAAACGCUGGGCCAAACGGGCCAGAUUGGUCGUCUUGCCGGUCCCGCCGCUGCCGCCACCUCUAGAAUCACCGGAGGAGGGAUCGCCGCACAAGAAGGCUGGUUCUACCUCGUCGUCUCCUCUUUCUUCGAGGUACAGCCUUGUCGAAGACGAGGCAUUGAGCCGUCCAGGAAGAAGGACCACUCUGCCGUUGCCGGGAUUCGCAAUGAUGAGAUCCCCAAGGGACAACAACGCCGGUCUGCGGACCCAGGUCGCAUACACGGCCAUGGUAGAGCGAGUGGCUCAUGAUCACGGAUGA